GAAAGUGGCAACAGCAGUAAAUUGACUUGUUGCUGGUUUGUGAUUUGGGAUGUGGUUGGAGCACAGAAAUCAUGAUUUGUAAAGAAUAUUUCGGAACAGAAACAAAUAAACUUUAAUUUUGCAAGCUCGCUUUCUUUUAUUUUGAAAAUUACGACAAUGUUGACUCAUGUGCCAUAUAAGUAUUUGGAAUAUUAGCGUAUGAUCGAUUAGGAUAUGUGUUUCUUCCCACUGUUUACACUAGAAGUUGCUGUCAAAUAGUAAUCAAAUGGGCGGACAGAGUGCAUAAUAUAACUUUUGGAUUAAUUGAUAUUAGUGCAUUUGAUUGGUAUGAAUUCUCUCCACCGAGGCUGUUUUGAUUUCAUCGUCAUCCCAGUGUGCUGAUGGCUCCUCCAAAUGUCAAAAUCAAACAUUUAACUAGGAGCCCAUCCAGCACUGGAGAUACAAGAUUCCCUAAACUAGACGAAUGUGCCCACUUUCAUUAUGAAAAUGUGGAACUUGGACCAAUCAAAGUUCUUUUAUGUGACAAACCAUCAGAUCCCGGAAAAGCCUCCUUAGUGUGCAGUUCAUCCUCAAAUAAAGAGAAUGAAAAUGACCGGCUAUGUUUUCUUGUCACUGUUAUUAGCAACAGCAAGAAAUGGGUUGUUAGGCGCAGUUAUAAGAAUUUCAUGUUUCUGGAUACUCAACUCCAUCGCUGUGUGUAUGACAGAAAAUAUAGUUUGCUACAAGAGCUUCCUAACUUGUUUUAUGACGACUCAGAAAAAGAAACUUAUGAGGAACAAAUAAGUGCUCUUCUAUCUGAAUACCUUGCAAGAUUUUCCCAACUCGCUGGAAGUUUAAUAAAUUGUGGACCUGUUUUAAAUUGGUUUGAGCUUGACAACAGAGGGAAUAGAUUGAUUGUUACUGAUGAAGUUGCUAUAAACACUCCAGCUGUUGCAGCUUCAUAUGUUGUUGUGCCUUAUUCUGCUCAAGCAACUGAUGAAAUAUCUUUCGAUGUGGGUGAUAUGAUAUCUGUGAUUGAUAUGCCUCCUCCUGAGGAGUCUUCUUGGUGGAGAGGUAAAAAAGGAUUUGAGGUGGGAUUUUUUCCUUCUGAAUGUGUUGAAGUUAUAGGAGAUAAAGUACCACAUACAUUUAAGCUAUCAAAUGCAUCUACCAAACCUGUAUUCAGACGACAUGGAAAGCUCAUUGCAUUUUUUCGAUCCUUUUUGCUUUCUCGUCCUUCGCGAAGAAAACUUAAACAGAGUGGAAUCUUAAAAGAAAGGGUUUUUGGUUGUGAUCUUGGUGAACAUUUAUUAAAUACAGGAAGGGAUAUACCCAUGGUUUUGAAAUGUUGUGCUGAAUUUAUUGAAGAAUAUGGCAUAGUUGAUGGUAUAUAUCGUUUAUCUGGUGUGAGCUCAAAUAUUCAACGUCUGAGGCUUGCAUUUGAUGAAGAUCGAUCUAUCAAUUUAGGUGACCCUUCAACAGUUCACGACAUUCAUUCAGUUGCAUCUUUACUAAAGAUGUAUUUCAGAGAAUUGCCUAAUCCUCUCUUAACAUAUCAGCUCUAUGAUAAAUUUGUGAGUGCAGUGCAGUCAUCUGAAGAUGUGAGACUGUUAAGGGUUCGUGAUGUUGUACAGCAGUUGCCUCCACCUCAUUUCAGGACUCUACAAUAUCUGUUAAGCCACUUAACUAGGGUUGCUGCACAUGGUGAAGAAACUGGCAUGACACCCAAGAAUAUAGCAAUCGUAUGGGCUCCCAAUCUUCUCAGAUCGCGGGAUGUUGAAAAUGGAGGAGUUGGAGCUUUACAUGUUGUAGGAGUACAAGCUGUUUUGACAGAAUAUUUAAUUAGAUUUUCUGAUUUAAUAUUUGAUGAAAAAGUUUCUCUGCUCUCUGGUUCUGAACAAGAAGGUUUACUUCGUGCUCGACCUAAAUCUUUAGCAAUCUCUACUCCUACUAAAUUAUUAUCAUUAGAAGAAGCAAGAGCUAGAGUACUUUCUACUCAUCUUCCUCCUACUCAGCAAAAAUACAUUGAAGUUGGUGGAGGUCCUGAUAAAUUGCCUUCUAAAUAUCAUACAGUUAUAGAUCUACCUGGCAAACCAGGUUUACCAAAGUUAAAGAAAUCUCCUUCAGGAUGGAAGUCUUUCUUUUCGAGGGGAUGGUAUUCAGGAAGUACCAGAGAAAAAAGUCGCCCUACUUUUAGAGCAUCGAGGAAAGCUAGUACUAGUUCACUUCCACACCAGUCUGCAUAUAUGCAAGACAAACCUGUUGAAACUGAUGCACCAUAUAACCACCGAAAAAAGUUAAGGACUGUUAAAAGUGCAGAAUCUCUUGCUCAUUGCCUGAAGGAAUCCUCAUCCCAUAGUACAAAUAAAGAUGAUUUCCCUGGAGAACAUAGUAGAAAGUCAUCACCACAAGUAUCAGUGGACUCUUCAAAUUCUUUGGAACUGUCACCACUUUCAAAAUCUCCUGGUCUACAAAAGCAUACUCGAUCUAGUUCUCAUGAGUCCUAUUUUGAAAGUAAUAGCAUGGAUAUUAUUUCUGAGCCAUCUUUUGAAGAAGAUGAGCAUGGUUUGUUUUAUUAUGUGAGCCAACAAAUGAAAAUGCUACAAGAUUCUUCAUGGAACUCAGAGAAAGACAAGAAAGUAGAUUCUGUUUCCAUGAAAAGUUGCGAAGAUCUUUCUGUUUUAAAUAGAACUUAUUCCAAAGAAUUCUCCAAAAGUCCUCCAAGUUUAUCUGAAAAAUUUUCUCGUAAGCAAAAGCUAACUUCUGUUGAAGAUUUUGCUCAAGUGAAAUAUCAGAAACUAAAUGAAGACUUUGCUAAUAACGAAACUCGUGUCUUUUUGGAUGCUUCUCCAGAAGAGGAUUAUAACCAACAAUUUUUUAGGUCAAAUGAUUAUGGUUGGGAUGACCACAAUGAUAAGUAUCAAAAUUGUAUGCAGAUGAAUCAAGAAGACUUGACUCUUGAUCCCAUGGAGUUUUAUGAAACUGCUAAAAAUAAGAGAUUAUCCCUAGUAUCGUCAACAGACACUGAGAACGAGCCCUCUGAUCGAACAGUUGUAGAACGAUAUGGAAAUGCUGAAACUGUACUAGUAGAAGUACAUGCAACUCAAGACAGUUCCUCUGAAGAAGAUCAACAGUAUUCACCAAAGGCACCUCUCAAUUUAGACAGUGUAUUUUGCUCUUUUGGUGAACCGGCCAUCGAUUCAUUCGACAGUGGCAGAGUUUCUGGAUACAAAUUGAGACCAUUAAAUUCUGAUGAAACGGAAAUUCAAGAGCUCCAGUUUCAUCUAUCUGAUGAAGAAGAUGUGAUUUUGCCAGUUACAGAUAUAGAACAUGAGGUAAAUCCCAAUGAAACCUUUACAAGGGAAAUUAAAGAACCAGACGGCUCAUAUUCUGGUCUGAAUCUUGAUGAGAUGGAUAGUAGUGAACCUCACCUUGAUGAUAUAACUGUUAGUUUAUCUCCCAAUGAUCAUCUGGAUCUUCAAAAUGUGCCUAGCCAGGCUGAAAAUAUAAACGAUUCUUCAAUUUCGAAAGAGAGUGAAAGAUCUUCUGAUGUAAUAUCAACAAUUCAAAGGUCUGCAGUUGUUCAAAAGGACGAAGUAGUAACAGAAAACUUAGAAUCUUUCAGUAUUAAAAUGCCGCCUUCACCGAUUUAUCCCCCAAAGAGCUUAAAGCUGCAAGAAUUGCAGCCUUUAAAAACUAAAAUUGAAAUCGUUCCCUCUCAUAAAAAGAAACUUUUUAACAUACCAUCUCCAUCUUCCCCUGUGGAAGAAGUGAGAAAGAAAUUUGAACUUAAGGCCUCAGCCACUUCUAAAAAUGUUGAGCCUUCAUCUGAAAUAAAAUUUCGCUCCAGGGAACUGCCAUCUAAGCUUGUUAAAACUUUUGAACCAUCAGAACCAAUGGCUAUUAGCCAACCAUUAGAAGUUCCUUAUGUUGAUAGCCAAACAAAAAGUAGUCCACCUAAAGAAAGUAUUCUGUUGAAACGUCACUCAGAACCUCCUCCUAAGCAAGUUAGUACCAGUCCUCCUCCUGGGAUAUUUAAACGAUUAUCAGAUAAAUAUGAAGGUGAAAACAUUAACAAAGUAUCAAAAGGUCAAUCAAAUUCUGAAAAAGUAACUCCUAAAAACAAUAGAAAUGUUCAACAACCUAGUUUAUUCACUCAGUUAAAAAUACGAAAACUUCAGUCUUUGCAAGCUGAAAGCAGUCCUAUUAAUUCUGAGCCAGUUGAUCCUUGGUCAGAUCCAAUAUUAGAUAUGCAAGAAGAUUAUCAUCCAAUUAUAACUUAUUUACCUACAAAAGAUUCAAAUCAGGAUGAACAAUCUGAUAGCAGCAUUGAGGAAGAAAAUGAAGUGGACUCCUUAGAAAAAGUUACUAAACAUGAAAUUGCGGAUGACUCUCUUCUUGCAUGUGAAACUGAAUCUGUGAAUUCUGUUAUUCCUGACGAUUUAAAAGUAGUUCAAGUGAGCCCUGGUAAUCAAUCUUCUAAUCAAAAUCAAGUAGAUAAACCAUGUUCAGUUAAUGAAAUGGAUAAUUUUCAGUUGAGUUCCAAAGUGAAUGAGGGUAGCCCCGAAAGCGAGGCAGUUCGCCGAGAGCGAAUUAAUCGAAUCAAGGAAGAAAGAAGAGCUCAAUUAAGGGAAAAGCUGAAACAGGAAAGUUUUCGUAUGGAAGCAGAGGAGAAAGAAAAAGUCCAAACGAAAUUCCGAUUGAGGAAAGAAAACUCAAAGCUUUCCUGCAUUGAAGGUCAAGAUGAUGUAAAGAAAAGUGAUAAAGCAGUGGAGACGGACAGUGCCAGCAUAACUGAAACUGGCACUACCUGUGAUUUAGACUCUUCACUUGAAAGUAGCAGGGGAACUUGUGUCUCUCCUGCUGCUGUUAUAUCAGAAAUCUCAUCUGGGACUGACAGUGGACUAGAAUCUUUUAGUUUUUCUCCUAAAUUCCCUAAGAAUGUUUCAAAAGACUUGUCAUCCGAGGAUUGUUUACGGUCACAAAAAUUUUCCGGGAGAAAGUCUGCUCGAUCGUACGAGGACAGUCGUAAGUGGCUUUCUAUGCCACCAACUGACAUAAGGGACAAGGUUGCAAUGUUUGAACGUUCCAAAGAUACCAAUGAACUGUGUAGGCUGGGACCAAAUGGCAAAUUUCCUCAAAAGCAAGGCACUUCUUUAGCAUCUUCAUUUGUUAGGUGAAAUUUUGACUUUAUUUUCAUCAUUUUUCAAGAACAUUUUUCAAAGGUCAUUUUUUUCAAAGUAUUUACUUUUACAUUGAAACUUGAGUGGCUAGCUGUAGGAUAAUCUGCGACUGAUGCUUCAAAUGCACAAAAUCAAGCUUUAACUUUUUAUUUAGCUUUUAUAUUUAGUGUUCAAAAUUUCUUUUAGCAUGAAAUUGGUAUUUUAACAGUAGAAACUUGUAAGUAUGUAUUUUCUAGAUAUGUAAAUUUUUGUCUGCAUUAAUUGAGGUUUUAAUGACCCAAUAAAAAAUUUCAUUGGCAGAAAUACAUAUUGGGCAUUAUAAUUGAGUUAAAAAAUUUUUAGGAAUCAAUUUAUUUGAUUCUCUUAAUAUUUAAAAUCAAUUAACAGUAUGAUAGUUUAACAAUAGCAAAAUGGUAAUAUUAAUGAUAGUUAACUCUCCUUUUAUUGUAAUUUUUCAAAAUCUUUCUCCUUAGUCUUGAAAUAAUGUUUAAAUAUUAUCAUAAAAAACUAUGAUUCAAUAUUUUAAAUUGCUUAAUGAAAUAAGUUUUACACAUUACUCUAAUAAAUUAAAUUUUGAGUAUCUCUUUGACAAUAUUUGAAAGUAAUCUAAUUUUGUAAAACAUUUUCAUGAUUACAUUUUAUUUUUGUUUCUAAGUUAACUAUAAAGGAAUUUGUUUACCAUUGUUUUUUAAUGCGUUGUAUAACAUACAAAGCGGGUCCACGGAAAAUAAUUUAAGAUCGAGAUUGUUGUCAGGAAAUAAUUUCAUAAUAAUUUGCAUACAGUCAGGGAAUAAAUGUUUCUUUUUAUCUAGAGUUUUUUUAAAAUUAUUUAUCAAGAAUUUUUAUUAUUUUCCUUUUUAUCUUAUACAUCUUGAUAAAAAAGGAAAUAAAUGUGAGACCAAAAUUUCCAUUUUUAUCAGGAAUAUAUAAGAUUAAUAUUUAUAUAAGUUUUUGUAAUUAAUUAGGCAUAUCAAGAAAUGUGUGUUUGAUGCCUUUUACAGCUAAUUAUCUUGUGCAUAUGAUCAUCAUGUUUGCAAUUGAUCCUCACCUUGCUUACCUCAUCAUCAUAAUUUGUUCAUCUCUUUUAUUUGUAUAUAAUUUUUAAAAACAAAAUAUUUUUCAGAGAUACUUUUAUUUUAGAGAUAUUAACAAACCACACAUAUCCUGUUAAGCGUGCAUGAUCCUUUCACUUAACUUAAUCAGUUCAUGUGUGGUUCAAUGUAUCACUGUGAUAACAUUUCAUAAUUUUUAUUGCCAUGUAGUUAGUGUGCUGUAAUUAAUAUUUGUUCCACCUUGUGUGCCUAGAUGUUAUAGUCUUUUUUAAGUUUUCCACAAGAACAAAGCUUUUUAUAUAUAAAGUGCAUUUUUAUGUUCAUAGCUCAAAAGUAUUGCAAUAAUAUUUUAGUAUUUGUACAUUUUUAAGUGGAGUUAUUAUUAGUGUAACUUCCAAUAGAGCUAGCCAUGUAAAAAGUUUCAUUGCUGUGUAUGCAUUUAUUAAAACAUUGCUUACUUGGCAAUCAUUACUUUUAAAUAGUUAUUUUUAUUUUAAAUUUGAGGUAAAUUUUUUUUUAAAAUUAAUUUUUAUCUAAUGGCUUAUAUGUAACAAGUUUAUUUUCUGACCAAAUGCCAAUUUUUUUUUCUAUGAUAUGAAGCAUCUGAAUGGCAUUAGCAUAUAAGUUCCUAAGAAUUUAGGAUGUCUGGAUUCUAGUGCCACUUAUCACUAAAAUUUUAUAUUGCUUGCUCAGAUUUAUAUUACUUCCUUCCCUCAAAAAAAAUAACAAUCAAUAAUAAUUUGAGUCUAGAAGCAUCAUAGAAAUUUUUUGUGUGGUAAAUUUGAUUGUGUCUUGUUUAAAAUCUUUGAAAAUAAAUAAUUUAUUAUGGAAUUAUUAAAUACUUAGUACAAUUCAAAGUUUGAGAAAAAUGUUAUUUGCACAAACUUAAACUAGUAAGGAAUCAUUGCUUUCAUAUGACUUUUUUAUCUUUGAUAUUUGUCAUUUUUUUUAUAAAAACAGUUGUGUACAUAUAUCAGGGAUUUUUUUCCUAUCCAAGUUUGAGAAAUUCUUUUGAAAUUUUUUUUAUAUGCCUAUAUAAACUUGAACUUUUUAAUCUAAUUUACAUGAAGCUUCAAGCCUGCCAUUCCUCAAUAAUCGUCAUAGAUAUCACAAUUUUUCACUUUCAAUUUUCUAACAUUUUUGAUAAGUAUAUAAAAGUCAAGUUUUUGUUAAAAAACUUACUGAUAAUUUUCAAACAAUACUUUUUUAAAUAAGUAUUUCUUGCCAUCAAUUUGCUAUUAAUAACUUUACAUGCCAUUUUUCAUAAACUUUUCUAUAUACUUUUUCGCAAUAAACUUGGCUACAUAUUUAUUAUAUUGUAUUGUAUGUUCUUGAAAACUCGUAUGGUCUUCCCUUAUUGUAUAUUUGCAAGUUAUUUUUGAUUACAUUAUUUUUCAUGUUCCUCGAACUUUUUUACUUGAUUAUGAACUAAAUAUUUGUUGCAUUUGUGUUUUUUUAUUAUGGAAAAAAAACAAAAAAAAACUCUGUAUAUUAGCUUUGAUACCUCUCCAUUUUAAUUUAAUUUUGUUUUAUCUCUCCUAUUUUAUUUUAAAAAUCCUAUUAUUACAUCAUUAAAUUUCAUAGCAAGGUUACUUUUUUAAUACCAGAUUAUUUAUCCAAACAUUAUAAAAUUUUUUAAUGAAAUUUUAUUAAAUAGUCAGUUUAAUAUAUAAGUUUAGUAUAGUAUUAGGCAAUGUAUAUAAUAUCAAAUAGCAGAAUAUUCAUAUAUGUAUAACAAUUAAUGUUACUUUCGAAAUACAAUUGUUUAGAAAUACAAUUUUUUUUUAUAAGGUUACCCUUGCUGAUAAUUUUUUGGAUUUAGACAAUAGUUAGUAUUUUUAUAGUAGUACCUAUGUUAUCGUAAUAUUUUUAAAAUAAAUCUAUUUCUAUUUUCUAACUUAAACAACUUCUAAUGUUUUUCUCAUUCUCUUUUAAUUUUUUACUGAGCAUAUAGUUUAUUUCAAAUAGUUAUAUGAUUUCAAAGUCUAAUAGUUGCACAUGAAUAAUCUAUACCACUUGAAUUCGAUAAAAUCUAAAUGUUAAGAUUAGUUUACUUAUUUGAGAAAUUUUGUUUCAUUUUUAUUAUUGUGAUCUUUUGAAUUUGUUUAUAAAUAUUGGUUUAUAUAUAUAUUUGAAAUAGGUUUAUUGUAAUUCUUUUUGAACUUACAUUGCAAAUUAUAUCAUGUUCUUUUAUUCAAGCAAUAAGCAAUUAUCUUUUAAUGUCUUAUUUUUAAAUGUAGAUCAAGUAGUUAAACUUGUAUCUUUAAACCCAUAUCUUUAUUAAAUGUAAUAAUAUUAAUCUUCCAAUUAACUUGUAAAUAUCAAUUUGUUUUAAAACUAUUUUCUACUUCAGGGCUUAGUUUCUUCUUCCUCCUACAGUUAUCAGUAUUUUUGUCCACCAUCCCAUAUAUGUCUUAAUAAUUUUCAACUUAAUUUCAAUACUUAUUCCACCAUAAAAAUAUUUAUAAUUCCUUGUGUGCAGUUAAAAGUAGGUAAAUGUAUGUACUGUCAAAAAAAUCUCUCAUGAAUAUUCAUGUAACUUUAUGUGUUCUGAUCUCGUUGAAUUUCUAAAUGAAUAGUUAAAGUUUCUGAAGGUAUUGUAUAUAUUGCGCUCUAUGCUGAAAAAAUAUUAAUUCUUCUGCAAAGUAUGCUAACAAAAAUUUUCUUUUUUAAGUGUUCAAAAUGAAAAUUGGAUAAUUAAUUCUACCAUAAAUUGUCAAAGUGAUUGACUUGAGUUAUCAUUUUUUUUUUUGAUCGACACAAUUUUAUUGCAUUUCAAAAAUAAUGCCAAAAUUAUUUUUUAUAACUUCUCUUUCCAAAACAUGUCUAGAAAUAUUGUAAAUUUUAAAUUUUUACUAUUUAUAAGUCAAUACGCUCAAAAUUAACAUUGGAGUCAAGAUACUUUUAUAUCAGAUUGUGCCUUAUAUUUUGAUGCACCAAAAUUAAUGCAUAAAUUUGCAUUAGUAUUAACAAAAGUUCUAUAAAAGUGAUUUUUUUAACUUAAAAAAUGCUUUAAAGUAGCAUUAUAUUGUUAGUGAGUUCUUUAUUGUGUAUACAUUUCAAUUGGCUCUUCUGAAGAGCACCAACUUUCGCGUAUAAUCUUUGUUUAUGCUAUAUGUGUUUGCUGUAUAUAUGCCUGUUGCUGCAAAUGUUAAUUUUUUCUUAAGAUAAAUUUAUUGUGAAUAUUGUUGUUUUAUGUAUUGCACAAAAUGUACAGUUGUAUGUGUUGUGUAUUAUAGGUUGCUUGAUUGAAGAAAAACGAAAUAAUUGUAAUGAAAAACGUUGUGUGUUCGUGUGCAUCAUUUGUCUUUUAUGUUCUUAUUUUGAGCGAGUGCAAAAUAAAGUUUUAUGGAUUCAAUAAA